AUGGGUGGAUUUCCUCAUCCUCGAGACUGCCAAAAAUGCAUCUGCCCCGGUGGUUAUGCCGGAAAGCGGUGCACUGAGAGACCAUCAUCAGGGUGUGGCGAUACAAUUAAAGCUUCGAGUAAUUGGACGAGACUUGAGAAUACUGUCGGCCUUGGCCGUGAUGAGCAAGAAGACUUUGAGACAUGUCACUACUGGAUUGAAUCUCCUGAAGGAACCGAAAUCGAAGUGAAAUUAGUGAAUUUCACAAAAGGCCUUUCUGUUGACGGAUGCAGUUAUGCAGGUGUAGAGAUCAAGACCAACAAGGACCAAACGCUCACUGGUUACAGGACUUCUAAGAGAGAUCUGUUUGGCCCGUCGCUCAGGGUGCUCUUUGCCAACAUGGAGGGUUGCAGAUGCAUAGGAGAAGAGCUGAAACUGCAUAACUAUCUGGUACUCUGUAACUACUCUUCUCCGGCUGCUGGUCUUGAUGAACGGGACUAG